UUGACCCAUUUCCCUUCUGAUAAACUGAUUGGGAGAAAUGAGAUUACCGCCGUGAACUCGUUCAAAUACGAAACAUUGGUGUAGGGAAUCCAUGCCCUUUCUCAGCGCCAACGCUCUUGGAUCGCUGAUUGAAUCAGCCGUAUCAACUAAAUCCCUUCUACUUGGUCGAGCUGUUCACGGUCACAUCAUCAGAACAAUUUCACCCCCGUUCCCACCUUUCCUCUCUAACCAUCUCAUCAACCUCUACUCCAAACUCGACUCUCCCAAUUCAGCUCAGCUCCUUCUUUCCCUCAUCCCGUACCCUUGUCGUUCCGUCGUCACGUGGACCUCUCUCAUCUCCGGCUCUGUCCAAAAUGGUCAUUUCACAUCUGCCCUCUCACAUUUCUCCCACAUGCGCCGCGACUCUAUUCAGCCCAAUGACUUCACUUUCCCUUGCCUUUUCAAAGCUGCAGCAUUCUUGCAUUCCCCUGUAAUGGGACAACAGCUUCAUGCGCUCGCAAUUAAGACUAGCUUCGUUAAUGACGUGUUUGUUGGGUGUAGCGCUUUUGAUAUGUAUGGGAAAACGGGUUUACGGGGUUAUGCGGACAAGGUGUUUGAUGAAAUGCCUCAGAGGAAUAUCGCCACCUGGAAUGCCUGUAUUUCUAAUUCUGUGCUUGAUGGGAGGCCGUACGAUGCGGGUUUGAAAUUUGUUGAGCUCUUACGAGUGGGUGAAGAGAAACCUAAUUCCAUUACUUUUUGCGUGUUUUUGAAUGCUUGCUCGGAUGGUUUGUGUUUGAUGCUUGGGCGGCAGUUGCAUGGUUAUGUGAUUCGACUUGGGUUUGGAUCAGAUGUAUCUGUUUUAAAUGGAUUGAUUGAUUUUUAUGGGAAAUGUCAUGAGGUGGAGUAUUCGGAGAUGGUUUUUGAUGAGAUGAGUGCGCGUAAUGGUGUAUCGUGGUGCACUAUGUUGGCGGUGUAUGAACAGAAUGAUAUAUGGGAGAAGGCUUUUAUGGUGUUUCUUAAGGCAAGGAAGGAAUGUAUUAAUCCAACUGAAUUCAUGGUUUCAAGUGUGCUUAGUGCUUGUGCAGGAAUGGCGGUGCUUGAGCUGGGGAGGUCUAUUCAUGGUCUUGCAGUAAAGGCUUGUAUCGAGAGUAACGUAUUUGUUGGCAGUGCACUUGUUGACAUGUAUGGGAAAUGUGGUAGCAUAGAAGAUUGUGAGAGCGCUUUUUAUGAAAUGCCUGAGAGGAAUUUGAUAACUUGGAACGCCAUAAUGGGUGGUUAUGCUCAUCAAGGGCGCGCGGACAUGGCAUUGAAUUUAUUUGAGGAGAUGACAAGUGGAAGCCAUAAUGUGGUGCCUAAUUAUGUGACGUUUGUUUCUGUAUUGACAGCUUGUAGUAGGGCUGGAGCUGUUAAAAUAGGCAUGGAUAUCUUUGAAUCUAUGCGUAAGAAGUACGGGAUUGAACCAGGGCCAGAACAUUAUGCAUGUGCUGUGGACAUGCUUGGAAAGGCUGGUUGGGUGGAGCGCGCAUACGACUUUAUCAAGAAAAUGCCUGUUCCGCCUACAGUUUCAGUCUGGGGAGCUCUUUUAGGGGCUUGCAGAGUUUAUGGAAAACCUGAACUAGGGAAGGUUGCAGCUGGCAAUUUGUUUCGACUUGAUCCAAAAGACUCUGGAAACCAUGUCAUUCUUUCUAAUAUGUUUGCAGCUGCUGGAAGGUGGGAUGAAGCUAAUCUCGUCAGGAAGGAGAUGAAAGAUGUUGGCAUCAAGAAAGGGGCCGGAUUCAGCUGGAUAUCUGCAAAGAAUUCUACGCAUAUUUUCCAAGCAAAGGAUACAACUCAUGAGAGAUACCCAGAGAUUCAAGCAAUGCUGGCCAAGUUGAAGAGAGAUAUGAAAGCAGCAGGUUAUACUGCUGACACGAAUUUCGCACUAUACGACUUAGAGGAGGAAGAAAAGGAAUCGGAAGUUUGGUACCACAGUGAGAAGAUUGCACUUGCAUUUGGUCUCAUUGCUAUCCCUCCUGGAGUCCCAAUAAGGAUAACAAAAAACCUGAGGGUUUGUGUGGAUUGCCAUAGUGCAAUAAAGUUCAUCUCGGGCAUUACUGGUAGAGAAAUUAUUGUAAGAGAUAACAACCGAUUUCAUUCUUUCAAGGACUACCAGUGCUCAUGUAGAGAUUAUUGGUGAAUCUAGUUUAAGUAUUCCAGAGAAUUCCAGAUACUUCCUUCCCAUUCUGCUAUUGAUCCUAGCACUAAUUUACACUCGUGAUGCUACUGCAGCAAUAGGAGUGAUGUUCAGGUUGAGGGUCUGAACUAGAAGAUUUCACCUCCAUAAGUUUUCUUCACUUCCAAGGCCAAGCUGGAAUUGCAUACAAGGUUCACCAUCCCCAGCUAGAGGCACAGUUAAGAGCUUUGCAAAUCUGAAACUCAACAUUUACACUGGCACUGCGGAAGCAGCUCUGCCUAACACAUUUCCGAGCGCUGCAAGCAUGAAGAGUGUAUUCUUCUGCUUCUAUAACAUGUCAUGUUAUUUUAUGUUCACAUUGAUGACAAAACAAUUGAAUGUGGGAUGAAGGUCCUGGUGCUGCCAGAACACCAUAUGCAAGUUUCCGGCAAUUUUGGACAUGAAAAAACUUUCAAGGUACUACUAGCUUGCAGAGUUGAA